AUGGCGGAUGUUCUCGGGCUUUUGCGUGAGUACCACAUUGGUAAUAAAGAAAUUGUGGAGACCAACGAUGAAAUUGUAUUUGGAGAAUUUGCUUGGCCUAAAUCUGCAAAGACAAAUUACGUUAUGUGGGGCACUGGUAAAGACGGUGCCCCGAAGGAUUACUAUACACUGAAUUGUAUCGUGUAUCUCUUGAAAAAUGUUAAUCUUCCUCACUCAAAAUAUGUUAGGCAGGCUGCGGCAGCAGGCAUACCAGUAGUACGCCUACCAGAUCGGCGCGAACUGCUGAAUUAUCUAAAUGGAGAUGCUGCCACCGCUGCAAACAUUGAUAGGACAGUUCCUGUUGAUAUAACUAUUCGUAGGCCUGUCUCUAAGGGGACCUUGGAUGUACAAAGCCUCGAUUCAGACGUAUCUGCUGAUAGUAAAAGGCCGCGACUAUCCUCCUACGAGCCAGAAGAAGCUAAAUCUCUCGACCCACAGCAUGAUGAUCCUGCUAGAUUAAAAAGCGGUUCCAUUUUGGAGCAGUCAGAAGGAAGCGCCCUUCCUUCAGCUAUAUCACUGGAUAAAAUUCAGUCUCUUCGCGCGAAAUUCCGGGCAAAUCAGCAGGUGGCAAAGCCGGAGACAAUUGUGAAUCACAUCGGCAGUCCAGAUACCUUGGAUCCCACCGCCGUUGUGACCGGCGACGGACCACUGCUGAUGACUUCUGGUAUCUCUUCCUUUACCUCAAGAUCUGCUGAUGCAGCUUAUCAAGGUCCAAAUUCUCAGUUUGUGGUUUCUGUUGACGAUGCUCAGCUUGCUCUUGCUCGUUCCGCUGACCCUAAGCGUGCUGCUUUUCUUUCUUCGGACAUGGAUACCGUUCGAGUGAUCUCAUCACGUGAGCGUCGAUGGCGAACACGGGGAAAUAUUCUUCAAAGUCAAGGAAAGACCUUCUAUGAAAAUAUCGUUCUAGGGAUUUUGCGGAACGUCAUGCUAAAAGAAAACGCUCAUUUGGCACCGGAUCGCCGUGACACUUACGGCAGCGUAGUUGGAACCAUGAACAACUUUUAUAAGACACCCCUAGUAGCUCCUGUGGCUCACCAGCGGCAACAGAGCCAGCCCCCCGCCUUGCAGUACUCUCGGUAUGAUCAGGAGCGCUUUGCUGCAGGUCGUGAGGAUACGGCGGGCUUUAGAAUUGAUACAAUGAGCUCCUAUCAUGGCAAAGCGCUCACUUCAAUGGUAGGAAGCGGUGUCAACGUCGGAGUAUCGAAGUCAAAUGGCGGUGCUCUGUCAGUGCCAGGUCCUACCUUCGAGGGCUCCGGUGUUGCAGUUGCACCUCCGACAACGCCCGGUCACGAGACUCCUCGCGGUGCUCGCACGCCUCGAGAUCCACGUGGUCUGGGGCUCGGCACGCCCCUUGCUGCUGGCCUCACGCCCGAUCCAUAUCGUAGCUCCCGCUCUAUGGUUUCCCGGUCGAAACCCCGCGCGUCUCGAGUUCCUAUCAUCAUCAUUCCAGCAGCACCGACAAGCCUGAUUACAAUGCUCAACGCCACUGAUAUUCUUCAGGAUCUCCAAUUUGUCUCUACCGAGGAGAAACGAAGUCAGGGCUGCAGACGUGAUAACGAACUUUUAAUACAUCGUCGUAAGCCCGAUGGUCGAACGGUUCCCUAUCGUGUUAUUGAUCAGCCAAAUCGACUGCAACCAGAUGAAUGGAAUCGAGUCGUGGCUGUCUUUGUCCAGGGUCAGGCUUGGCAGUUCAAGGGUUGGCCUCUUGGUGGAGAUCCAGCAGUGAUAUUUUCUGUUGUCAAAGGGUUUCACAUAAAGUAUGCGAACAUGCCGCUGGAUCCGAACGUAGCCAAGUGGAAUGUGCAUGUAAUCAAUUUGGAUAGACGGCGCCACUUGGACAAAGUCAACUUUCAAAGCGUUUGGGACCAGUUGGACAAAUUCAUAGCAAAGAAUAAACCCUUCCUGAGAUCGUAG